AGAUUGUGUGUUACCCAGGAAGAAUCUUGAUCAACGCCAAAUGUGUUCCGUUAGUUCCUUUUACGUCAAAUUUGGGUUACGUUCUUGCCUUCGGGAUAGAUAUGGUAUUACCAUUUAAUGUCGACAACCCGAACACUGUCAUGAAGUCAAUCCAAGAAACAAUUUGGAGUCAUAUUAAAGUAUUUGUUGGUCUACCUGAUCCAUUCAUCGAGGUGUCAAUUAUUUCAACAGACAGAUCAUGCAAUGUGUACGAUAAAUGGGCUGUUGGAAACAUUCACAUGACAGUGUUUCUAAAAAUAUUCAUUUCCACUUCCGUUUAUAGAGCACAAGUAGAAGAAAAUUUGUUCACAUUGAUGCAUUCGACUUUUACAUUUUUCUUGCCAUGCUCUGUAAAUAGUAAUGGUUGCCAAAUUGGUGGAAAAUUUAGUUUUGAUGAAAACGCACUUUAUCUUCCAACGGUAUUAACUUUCAUGUCCCUACAAAAUAAAUGUGUUUUGAACAAAGUUACCAACAUAACAAAUACAUUUAGGUAUGCGCAUCAACAGGUAUGUAGUCUAUUUGGAUGUUCUCAAAUUCAGUUAGAAAAAGAUGAAAUUAAAGUAACAGAAGACGGAAGACAAAUGACUAUCAUUCGUUUCGGUGUUGUACUAAGGUACUAUGAAUUUUUAUUACUGAAGAACAACAGCGCAAGAAUAUGCCAAAGUCUAUUUCAAAAUCUUCUCAAAGUACACGAACAGACAACACCGAUAGUUAAUACAGUAAUGUUUGUUUGUACUGUUAUAUCUCUUGUGGCUCUAUUUUUUACCUUUUUAACAUAUUUCAUGUUUCCAACGUUAAGAACACUACCAGGUAAGAACAACAUGAACCUUGUGUUUUCCAUGUUUUUUGCUAUCGGAUUUCUGGAAUUUAGUGUCAGGGGGACAAACAGCCACAUUGUGUGUCUAGCAUUAGGGGCCUCUAUUCAUUUUUUCUGGUUAUCUACUUUUGGAUGCUUAAAUGUUUGUUCAAUUCAUAUGUAUCGUACUUUUCGACAGACCUUUGUGAUUAACCACAACGACUAUGAUGCAGACAAAAAACGUUUUGCUUUCUAUCUUAUUUACUCUUAUGCUGGUCCUUUGAUCAUUGUAGGUCUAACAGUUUCUUCAAGUUAUUUGUCAGACAAUGAUUUAUAUGGUUACGAUCGGAAUGUGUGUUUUAUCCAAGACCACCUCGUUCUCAUUUGCACUUUUAUUGUGCCUAUUACCAUUAUUUGUUUGGUCGAUUUAUUCCUUUUCAUUUCAACAGUAAUAAACAUAAAAUCUACGCCAAAAGUCAACACUAACGAAUCUUUUAUGCAAAACAAAAUUCAUUACACUGUUUACGUCAAACUAUUUGUAUUGACCGGAAGUGCAUGGAUUUUGCAAAUACUGGAUUCUUUCUUUCCCGUCUCAAGUUUCUCAAUAGUAGUCUCCUUUUUAAAUUCUUUCCAAGGUCUGUAUAUCUUUUUGGCAUACAAUUGUAAUAGACGUGUUUUAUAUUUAUAUCGGAACCAAUUUAAACAAAUGUUUACUAGCAGUAAAAUCGGGAAAGUAAAUAAAACAAACAUGACUACACUUGUAUCGUCUAUACCUGGGAAACGUUUUUCAUUCAAAGACAAAACUUUAAGUGAAUAUGAGUAUCGGCAAAAAUUGCAUACAACAAAAAUAUGAU